AUGACGCUCACCGACAUUACUUGGCUAGACCUAGGCCUUGCUGGAGUCGGUGUGUAUCUCGUAAAGCAGAUAUUGACACAGAAGAAUCCCGCUCCAUAUCCCCCUGGUCCCCCCGGACGUCCUCUCAUUGGCAAUGUCCCAGACAUGCCUCAGGUCAAACCUUGGCUCACCUUCACUGAGUGGGGCAAGAAAUAUGGCGAUAUCUCACAUGUGGAAGUCCUGGGUCAGCAUAUCGUAGUCCUGAACUCUGUCAAGGCCGCAGUGGAAAUGCUGGAAAAGAAGAGCUCUCUCUACUCUGAUCGUCCCGUUCUACCUAUGGGCGGUGAACUCGUUGGCUGGAAGAACACUCUCUACCGCAAAAACUUCCACCGCGUUAUCGGUAGUCGCGCCGCCAUGGAUAUCUACCAACCCAUCGAGGAAAUAGAAACUCAUAGAUUCCUGAAGCGUGUGCUGGCGAAACCUGACCAAUUGCAGGCUCACGUGCGACAUACCGCUGGCGCUAUCAUAUUGCGUAUUUCUCAUGGUUAUGAAGUCAAGGAGAACAAUGAUCCUUUCGUCGACCUUGCGGACCUUGCUGUCGACCAGUUCUCAAAAUCCACCGCUACUGGUGCCUGGUUGGUUGACAUCAUGCCAUCUUUGGCCAAGGUACCCGAGUGGGUUCCUGGUGCUGGCUUCAAGCGCGUAGCUCGUGAAUGGCACGAGACGCUCGAAGACAUGGUCGCUGCACCUUACAAGUUCGUCAAGGAUCAGAUGGCUGCUGGUAUCGCUCCGAAAUCUUUCACCUCGAAUCUGCUGGAAGGCCGUGUUUUGUCUGCCAAAGAGGAACACAUCGUGAAGUGGUCUGCUGCAUCCUUGUAUUCUGGUGGUGCCGACACGACAGUUUCGGCGAUUUAUGCAUUUUUCCUGGCCGUGACACUUUUCCCCGACGUGCAGAAGAAGGCUCAAGCUGAGAUCGAUGCCGUCGUUGGUCCUGAUCGUCUUCCCUCCUUCAGUGACCGCGAUUCCCUUCCCUACAUUGAUGCGGUCGCGAAGGAAGUCUUGCGCUGGAACGCUGUCGUCCCUACCGCUAUUGCUCACCGUGUUAUUGAAGAUGAUAUUCAUAAUGGGUACUACAUUCCCAAAGGCACUUUGGUCAUCCCCAACGUUUGGUUUAUGCUCAAUGAUCCUCGGACGUAUGCCGAACCCUCGGAGUUCAACCCUGAACGCUUCUUGGCCAAAAAAGGAAAGGAGCCUGAGACCGAUCCUCGCACAAUCUGCUUCGGGUUUGGUCUUCAUCUCGCUGAUGCAUCUGUCUGGAUGACCGUUGCGAUGUCACUUGCGGUAUUUGAUGUUUCCAAGGUUGUUGAGAAUGGUGUCGAGAUCACCCCUGAGGUUGACCCCUCGUCAGGUACAAUCAGCCACCCCAAGCCCUUCAAGUGCUCUAUCAAGCCCCGUUCUGCACAGUCCCUUGCGCUCAUUCAGGAAGAUGCCUAA